CAUGAUUGACAUGAGGCGACAAAAUGUCGCGAGGCUAUGAUGAAGAUGAUGUGUCAGGAAGUUACGGCAUUGUGGGCUCAUUCCCCAAGGGUUUUGGGUACGGCAGUGAAGAGCCCGAUCAUGACGUGGCUGGGGCAGGUGUGGAGACCAAACCCCGUAUACUCCUGAUGGGCCUCAGGCGGAGUGGAAAAUCUUCAAUCCAGAAAGUGGUGUUCCACAAAAUGUCGCCCAAUGAGACGCUAUUCUUAGAAAGCACAAAUAAAAUAGUUAAAGAUGAUGUGUCCAACAGUUCAUUUGUUCAGUUCCAGAUUUGGGAUUUUCCUGGACAAAUUGAUUUCUUUGACCCAACGUUUGACUCAGAGAUGAUAUUUGGGGGCUGUGGUGCUCUUAUAUAUGUGAUUGACGCUCAGGAUGAUUAUGUGGAAGCUCUGGCCCGGCUACAUGUGACCGUGAGUAGAGCGUACAAAGUCAACCCCGAGAUCAAAUUUGAGGUGUUCAUCCACAAAGUGGACGGUCUUUCAGAUGACAACAAGAUGGAGACGCAGCGAGACAUUCAUCAGCGGGCCAAUGACGAACUGACAGACGCAGGUUUAGAAAAUUUACAUUUGAGUUUUUAUUUGACAAGUAUUUAUGAUCAUUCAAUCUUUGAGGCGUUCAGCAAGGUGGUUCAGAAACUCAUACCUCAGCUGGCCACGCUGGAGAAUCUUCUCAAUAUCCUUAUAUCUAAUUCUGGAAUAGAAAAAGCAUUCUUGUUUGACGUAGUGAGCAAGAUUUACAUUGCCACGGACAGCUCUCCUGUAGACAUGCAAUCCUAUGAGCUCUGUUGUGAUAUGAUAGACGUGGUCAUUGACAUCUCUUGUAUAUAUGGAAUACAGAAUGCCAGAAAUAGAAUUCGAGAUGAUGGUGAUGGCAGUGCCUUUGACACACAAUCCUCCUCCAUCAUCAAACUGAACAAUGCCACAAUCUUGUACCUGAGGGAAGUGAAUCGUUACCUGGCGUUAGUGUGUAUUCUGAGAGAGGAUAGCUUUGACAGACAAGGUUUGAUAGACUACAAUUUUCACUGUUUCCGCGAGGCCAUCCAACAGGUUUUUGAGGUCAGACAAAAGAACCAAUCACUGCCCCAGAACACAUCCACGAGUGACCUCCUGCUAGCCAAUGGACUACCAGACAAGGCUCAGGGGUAGAGGAAGGGCGUGGCUUACCCUGGCAUGUUAUUCAUCAUGACCACACAUGUAAAUAGCCAGCAGAAAAACUUAGCCUUUUUCACAAAGAGGACCUGUUAGUUCAAGAAGUUUGAAUUUGAUGAAGAAGUACAGAUUUGGAAUUUGAUAAAGAAAGGGCAGGUAGAUUAUACGUUUUUCAUCCAGGGAUUGGUGGAAUUUUGUCCAGGAACAGCUAAGUGGCAUUUUUUUUUGCCUGUUUUAGAAGUGCACAGCUCUGGCUAAUGCCUUCGAAAGUAAGGGGAGAUAAAUCUUGUCUAACCCAACGGCAGUUCACAUUGAUUUUUUUUUUUUUUUAAUGGUGUUUUACGCCGUACUCAAGAAUAUUUCACUUAUACGACGGCGGCCAGCAUUAUGGUGGGAGGAAACCAGGCAGAGCCCAGGGGAAACCCACGACCAUCCGCAGGUUGCUGGCAGAUCUUCCCACUUAUGGCCAGAGAGGAAGCCAGCAUGAGCUGGACUUGAACUCACAGCGACCGCAUUGGUGAGAGGCUCCUGGGUCAUUACGCUGCACUAGCGCGCUAACCGACUGAGCCACGGAGGCCCCAGUUCACAUUGAAUGAAUGUGGUACAUUGUGCUGGGCCUAACAACAUGGCUGACUAUGACAAGGAGUUUCUGUCAGUGACGGUGUGAGAGAUGAUAAUGUCCCAAACAGGACUAGCAAGGAGCUUAGGAAAGCUUUAUGUACAUGUAGAUAAAAACAUGGUGAUUGAGGUUUAUUGUUUUCUAUUGACAUGAUACAGUGUUACUCUGUUAGUUUAAAAUUCUCAUCAUAAAACAAAAACAAGAAAUGGUUAUUGGUGGAAAGGCGGGGUGGGGGGCUGGGCUGGUGGCUGGGAAGGGUCCAUUACAAUAAAAUAUUUUCAUUAUAAAAAAACCCAAGAAAUGGCUAUUUCUUUGGAAAGAGAUUGUUGAGGGGGGGGGACCAUUGCUUAUCCGACUCAUCAUUGUCACGAACAAUGCAUUGGAAGAAUUUUCUAAAACUUGUCCAAGCCCUAGCUGAUUCACUGUACCAAAUGUUCUUCAGGCCCCAGGUUCAAAUCUGGCCAUUGCUAGUUUUACUGCUGCUUUAGUCAGACGGGUUUGUCGGGUACAUGGGGGAGGGCAUUGGUUUACUCUGGGCAAUCCAGUUUGCUCCAGUCUUACACCUGACAAAGUGAAGAACUCAUGAGCACUAUUUAAAUAAAUACAUAAAUUCCUUAAUUGCUAAAGUAAGUUGUCAGUCAUCCAAACAUUCUGUUCUGCUGUCAUGUGUGUGCUGGAGUUUGAUUUACCUUUAAACAUUUUCAGAUAUCAGGGGAGGGGCACCUGGUAUUCGAAAUCAGGAAUAUAUAUGAAGUCUAAUUGUCAACAACUUUCAGUAAUAUAUACAACAGUACAUGUAACGGUCAUCUAUCAUCUUUGUGGUAUGUCGUCGUUUGCAUAUUUCCAAACCAUUUCUUUGCCUAUGGCUACAAAUUUUAUACUUUUUGUAAAGAAAUGAAGUUUUUGAGCUGUAUUUUAAGUCAGUACAUCACCAAGAACUUACACAUGUUUAUAUUUAGAACUUGUGUAGAAAAUAAACAAAAUUGCGUUGAGUUAAACAUGACAAAGCCC